AUGAUUCGCGGCCUUGCGAUGGUAGUCCUGUGCUCCCAAGCAGCUGCGGGAACCUUGAGUGGUCUGUUGGCGAGCCUAACAGGUCACGAGAACACCACCUGUGCUGACACUCAUCAUGCCUGUGCCACGAGCUUUGCUGCCUUCUUCCCAGAUACGGCAGCUACGCAUGCGGCAGACCACUUCCUGCCCGACAUCUCAAGCUCAUCAGUGGCAGAUGGACAUGAGGCACACCAUGACGGACACAUGGACCAGUUUGACUCCUCGUCCCUUCUGAACGGUCGACGGCCCCGGAUGUUUGUGAGCUUUGAGAAGAAGUGA